AUGAUGAUUAGUCAGUGGAAAACACAGCGCUGCGAAGCCGACCGUCACGUAGUUGUUGGAAUCCAAAAUGGCGCUAUGUUUAUGUCCAUACUUGGUUGUUUUUUAUACUUAGCAAGUGAAAUGGAAAGUGCCGGUGAAAUAAAACCCUGGAAAAAAUAACUGAACUUCAACAAUUGUGGUCAACGACAAAAACAGGUCGGUGAUAUGUAGUCAAGGGUCAUGUUGUCUGUUAGCUCAGUGUAAUUGCUAUUAGAAGAAGCUAGCUUGUGCCUGAGAGCCAUCAAUUCCACCUUAUUUCCUCCCGAAGCUUCAUAAGUCUACAGGGAAUAAAGUAGAUCUGUGAGUUGGAGGUUGAGCAGCAGCAGCAGCAGCAGCGGCGGCGGCGGCAGUGGGUCAUGAUGCAGGCGGAGGCCACAGAGUCUUCACUCAGAGAGGGCAUAGAAGCUCUGGGUGUGACAGACACGUCUUCAGCUGGCAAAGAUGAGGAGGAGGAGGCGAGCAACACAGAGAGGAAGGAUACUGAGCUGACAGCUGCCACAGAAGAAGAGCAGGAACAGGGUGAGGAGGAGAAUACUGCAGCCAAGGAGGAGCAAGGUGCAGACAUGGACACAGUGGAAGGAGAGACGGACAAAGACGAGGCGCAGACAGAGCUGGGUGAGACGGGUGAGGAAGGGAAACAGGCUGCUGACGCGGGCGAUGAAUGGGAGAUUGCAUACAGUGACGAGGAAAUGGAGGACCCCAAAAACUGGAUGCCUCCUCCUUCUGAGAUCAAAAGACUUUACGAACUUCUUGCUAAAGGAGAGACGCUGGAAUUGAACUUUGAGCCUCUUCCUAGAAGACCGCCUACACCUGAACACGCACAGUCACCCGACAGAGAUGACGAGGAAGAGGCAGCGAAGGAAAGGGAUAGGGAAGAGAGAGAGUGCAAGCCUCCAUCUCCAACUGAGUUUGACUUUGACGAGGAGCAGAUGCAAGCCACUCCGAAAAAUGCCUUUAUCAACAGACGCAGAACACCAGGAUCUUCUGCUCGCUCCUCUGUGAAACGAGAAGCUCGGCUGGACAAGGUUCUGUCAGACAUGCAGCGACACCGGAAGAUUGAGCAGCACAUCCUGCGCACGGGCCGCGAUCUCUUCAAGAGCGAGAAGAAGGUGGAGGAGGCGCUGUCUCCUCACAGCCAGAGGGAGCGAGAGAAGGAGAGGGAACGAGACAGCAACCCCAACACCAUCUUCUCCCCGAGACAGAGGAGAUACUGAAGGUUUCACUGAGACCAGGACCAGGACCAGAACUGUCGAAAAACUUGAAUCUUUUUUUAGAAAUUUUGUAUUUCUAUGACAUUUGUUUUCUGCGUGUGAUUUUUAUAAUGAAUAAAUAGCGUAACCCUGGAAUAACUACAACACAGUUGUGCUCGCCAUUUCAAGAGUUUUUAAAGAUUAAGAAGAAGAAAUAAAUCACUUCAAACAUGA